CAGGAGGGCGAGCCCCAAAUCGCCUUGCGCGCAGGCAGGGGCGUGAGUGCGGGUCCGCUUGCGCCCUCUGGUGCCCAGUGGGCGGGACGGAGGCGGUGACCGGGGGCGGAGCCUCGGGACUGGGUGCGCGGGGGUCGCCACGCCGAGUGGGAUCAAGCCGGAGAGCGGUUGCAGGCGGCGGCAUGGCAAGCACGGCCUUGGAGAUCGUUGCCUUCACGGUCUCCAUCUCGGGCUGGGUGCUGGUGUCCUCCACACUGCCCACCGACUACUGGAAGGUGUCCACCAUCGACGGCACGGUCAUCACCACCGCCACCUAUUUUGCCAACCUAUGGAAGAUGUGCGUUACCGAUUCCACUGGUGUCGCCAACUGCAAGGACUUCCCCUCCAUGCUGGCGCUGGAAGGCUACAUCCAGGCGUGCAGAGGACUGAUGAUCGCUGCGGUCAGCCUGGGCUUCUUCGGUUCCAUCUUUGCACUCUUUGGAAUGAAGUGUACCAAAGUUGGAGGCUCAGAAAAAGCCAAAGCAAAACUUGCCUGCUUGGCUGGGAUCGUAUUUAUAUUGUCAGGUCUGUGCUCCAUGACAGGCUGUUCCCUGUAUGCCAACAAGAUCACGACAGAAUUCUUUGAUCCUCUCUUUAUGGAGCAAAAGUACGAGCUGGGAGCCGCUCUCUUCAUCGGGUGGGCAGGAGCCUCGCUCUGCAUCAUUGGCGGUGUCAUAUUUUGCUUUUCGAUAUCAGACAACAACAAAACACCCAGAAUGAGCUACACGUACAAUGGACCCACGUCUGUCACGUCUUCCCGGACCAAGUAUCAUGGCGAAGGGGAUUUUAAAACUACAGGUCCUUCCAAACAGUUUGAUAAGAAUGCUUAUGUCUGAAGGAGCUCCUGACGAGCUGUGUCUUGAAACUGAACUGUGCACGCAAUGAUCCCUCCCGUAAUUGCCGCUUCUGCUUGUUUUUUUUUAAAUAUGAAUUUGAAGACUGUUGAUUGGAUGGAUGUAAAUGUUCUUAUAGCUAUAUGCUAAUCAUUUUCUGUUGUGCCUUUCUAUAAGGAAAAUAAACAGGUUAUUUACAGGA